AUGGAAACUAAUAAUGGAAAAAACCAAAAGAAAGUCACGUUUAUGCUUGAAGACUUAAACAAUAAGCAGAUCUUUGUGACACUUUGGGACAGUUAUGCCGAUCAAAUAAUGGAGUAUGAGAGCAGCAAUCGAGGUGAAAAUAAUGUUGUCAUAAUCAUUCAGUUUGGAAAAUACAAAUUCUGGGGAGGACAUUUUUCUGUAUCUAAUUUGUAUACCGUCACUCGAGUCUUAAUAAACGCUGAUAUUGAUGAGGUUGUUCAGUUUAAAAAAAGAUUUAUCGAGAAGCUUUCUCCUGAAACUUCUUCCAGUUAUUCUGGCUUAAGUUCUUCUGUUGUCAAGUCAGCCACUGAAGAGUUCCUUUCUGACUUUACUUUUUCUCCCAUUGGAUCGUUGAACUCAAUAGAUAAGACGAAGUUUGUUAUCGUUGUUGGGACUAUCAAGAGUUUUGCGUCAAACGAUGAGUGGUUUUACAACGCGUGCAAAAGCUGCAACAAAAAGGUUUCAACCACUACUAUUCUUAAAGAGAAGCAGGAUGGUACUAAUGGUUUUAAAGAGGUUGUUAUCUUGGAAUGCAAGACUGAUGUUUGUAAUACAAGGACCGUUUCAUCAACUCCAAGGAUUAGGCUUGCUAUACGUGUCCAGGACUGUACCGGCAUUGUCACUCUGACAUUGUUUGAACGUGAGGUGACGAAGCUUUUGAAGGUUAAUGCAAAUCAGCUGUUAGAAAACAACAUUGAAUUAGCCAACGAAGGAAACUUUCCAAUGGAGCUAAAUACUUUACUCAAUAGAAAGUUUGCGUUCAAGAUAGUUGUUUCUUCAUUUAACAUUAACAAAAAGUCAGAUGGCUACUCACCUAUUGAUGAGGAAGCCGUCAAUGUCGAACUAUCCCAUUCCAAUCGUAUUGUUGAUUGUGCUGUUAAGAAUAGUAACUCCGAUAUGAUGUGUGAAGGUGACUUGAAGCGCAAUUUGGAUAACGUUUAUGAUGUUGAUGUGGUUUCUUCCCAGUCGUCAUCAAAGAUGUGUAAAAACGAUAGUGGGCAUGAGGACAAUGAUAUUGUCGACACAGUGCUUCUAAUUCUAAAGAUUGAAGAGUAG